AUGAGUCGAAAUAUUACAUACCCACAUUCAGGUCACGCUCAUACGUACUCCUCAUAUCCAUGGAAAAGAUCAAAAGAUACACUUUCAAUACAUUUAAAUAAUUGCUCAUUUCAACAAGUACAACCAAUUAUUAAUGAAUUUAAAAAUGAAUUAAAAUUAACUCGAAUAAAACAAAUUGAAUUAGAAAAUCAUAUUAAUAUACUCGAAAGAAAAGUAACUUUUCUUCUUAAAUUUAUUAAUAAUAAAAAUAUAAUGACAUUAAAUUAUACAAAAUUAAAAAAUGAAUUCAAUCGAAAUCAUCAAUUUAUGUGUAAUAUUUGUAACGAAUAUAUACAAUAUGAACAAAUUUUACUUCAUGCUUAUUCAGGAGAUUGUAUUUGUCGUUCGUGUGCUUAUUCUCAAUAUAUUGAUCGUUUUCAAACAUGGAAAUCUUCAAAUGAACAAUAUUUGUCAUCAGAUUCAGAAGAGAUUGAUUGA